AUGGCGUCGACAACGGAUUCCAAGAACUACAAGUUCAACCACUCGAUGAUCCGGGUCAAGGACCCCAAGGCAUCCGUCAAGUUUUACGAGCACCUCGGCAUGACCGUCGUCAAGAAGCUGUCCUUCCCAGACAACAAGUUUGAUCUUUAUUUUCUGGGCUACGACUCCCCGCAAGCUCUAUCCCACGGCAAAGCCGCCUUUGACAGAGAGGGUCUUAUCGAGCUGACACACAACUACGGUACUGAGGAUGACCCGGAGUACAAGAUCAACAACGGCAACGCCGAACCUCACCGCGGCUUCGGGCACACCUGCAUCAGCGUGGACAAUAUCCAGGCCGCCUGCCAGAGGAUCGAGGAUGCUGGGUACAAGUUCCAGAAGAAGCUCACCGACGGCAAGAUGCGCAACAUCGCCUUUGCCCUGGAUCCGGAUGGCUACUGGGUAGAGAUCAUUGGCCGCAAGCCUGUCGAGGAGACGGCGGACGUUAAGGAGACUGACGUAUCCACCUACCACAUGAACCAUACCAUGAUCCGGGUCAAGGAUGCUCAGAAGUCCCUCAAAUUCUAUCAGGAAGUCAUGGGAAUGUCACUCAUGAGAGAAGGCGGAAACCCCUCGGCUGGCUUCACGCUGUACUUCCUGGGCUACCCGGGCGAGCAGGGCAUGCCCCAGGACGGCAAGACAGCUGGCCGCGAGGGUCUCCUAGAACUGACGUGGAACCACGGUACCGAGAAGGACGAGAGCUUUAGCUACCACAAUGGGAACGACCAGCCGCAAGGGUUUGGCCACAUCUGUGUUUCUGUCGACAACAUCGACGCCGCCUGUGAGCGGUUCGAGAGCUUGAACGUCAACUGGAAGAAGAGGCUGACCGACGGGCGCAUGAAGAACGUGGCUUUUGUCCUGGAUCCUGAUGGCUACUGGAUUGAGAUUGUCCAGAACGAGAAGUUCACCGGCAAGGAGAACUUCUAGGGGACAGGACGAACACUUUGACUUUUUCCUGCUACAAUGUGCUGUGUAACAUAGCAAGGUCGAGUUAUGGUUGUGAAUGAAACAACUCGGAGAACCUAAGAGGAAUGCGCCCUU